AUUUUUUCUGUUGGAAAAUAGUACUUUUGAUCUUGUAGGGCAGAACUUUUGGACACGUUAGACGCUUGUUUAGCGACGAAAUUUCCCGGCGUCGUCAGCUGCUAACUAUUGCAAUAUGAUGGAAAAAGUGUUUUUGGGAAAUUUACCUGGCGAUGUCAACGAAUCAACUCUCCGUCGACUUCUGGAGCAACAGGGCAUUAUUUUCAACAGCAUUUCAAUGAAACGAAACUUUGCAUUUGUCACAGUGAAAGACAAGUACACAGUGGAUGACAUGGUGAAGAAACUGAAUGGGUACACACUGGAAGGAUGUCAGUUGCAGGCGGAACCAUCUAAUGGAAAGAAAAGGCCAAGAACCAACAAGAUUCAGAUUCGGAAUGUACCAUCUCACUGUUCAAAGGAACAAAUAGAAGAGCUUGUAAAUGUUACAUCAAGGAAUCACAAAAAGUUUGAACAAGUUGGCUCAGAAGGUGCUAUUUAUGUGACGUUCAGUACCCCAGAAGAAGCAGAAGAAUGUGUGGAACAGUUGAAUGAUUACAGAUUUGAAGAUGGAACUCAACUCAAGGUGGAGUUUUUCCGGAAUCAAAAACGAUCAAACAGAAGUAACUCCAGCAGCAACCCUGGUGUCUCUCGUCAGGAACUUCCACUGCGAAUUAUUAUUUCUAGUGAUUAUGUUGGUGCUAUAAUUGGUAAACAAGGACUAACUAUCAGGAAAAUUACUUCUGAAAGCCGGGCCAGGGUUGACAUUCAUCGGAGAGAAAGCCAUAUUCCAGAUACUAUGGUUACCAUCAAAGGAUCACCCGAGAGCUGCAGCAAGGCUUGCCAAGAAAUAAUGAGAGUUGUCCAAGAAGAGGCUGAAUCUCUGAAAAGAGGCAAUGUGCCAUUGAAGAUGCUAUGUCCUAACAGCAUUUGUGGCCGGAUUAUUGGAAAACAGGGCAAUGUUAUCAAAGUUUUCAUGGAGGAUACCAGCACAAACAUUGUUGUUUCAAGCUUUGACCCAUAUCCUGGUGGUCUCAUGGAUACUGGUAACAAUUACAUGGACAGAGUUAUCACAAUAUCAGGGUCUACUGAGAAUUGUUCCAAAGCAGAAGGAAAAAUUUCAGAAAAGAUGCGUCAGUGCUUUGAACAAGAUGUUGGAUCCUUCCAAUUUGGCCCCCAACAGCAUCUCAUGUUUUCUGGGAUGCCUGGUCUCCCUUUGAUGCCCAGCAUGAGUCCAUUUCAAAGCAUGAGGCCACCAAUGCCAUACAUGGGCUCAGCAUACUAUCCAGCAACUUUAGGAGGGCCGUCCCAAGCUGUACAACAACCAGAAGUUGUUCAGUUGUAUAUCCCUGAAAAGUCUGUUGGAGCUGUAAUCGGAAGCAAGGGUCAAAACAUAAAAAACAUCAUGCGCCUCUCUGGUGCCCGCAUCAAGAUUCUGGGCGCCAAUGACAAAAAUGGAAGCGGAGAAAACAAUCCUUUCAGCAAUUCAGGAGAUGAGCGAAAAACUGUCAUAUCUGGUUCACCAGAGGCCCAAUGGAAGGCGCAGUUCUACAUCUUUGAAAAGGUUAAGAACGAACUCAGACUUGCUGCUCAUGACGAAGUGCAUAUAAGAACAGAAAUUGUGGUUCCUAAACAAAGCAUUGGGCGCAUAAUAGGAAAAGGUGGACAAAAUGUGAAAGAAAUGCAGCGAGUUAGUGGAGCCAUAGUCCAACUUCCAGGUGAGGACCCUGAUGUGGAUGAAGUUCCUGUCACAAUAAUUGGUAAUUUCUAUGCUGCCCAGUCUGCUCAGCGUAGAGUACGCUCUCUAAUGGCCGUGUUCUUGAGGGCUCAGCCAGCUCCAAGAAGAGCCAGGCCGGGAGCUCCUCAGCAGCUGAUGUGAAAUUGAUAGGCUUGGGCAAUAUGUGGCCAAAUCCAUACUGUCUAAACCUGAAGAUUCCCAUCUGGUUUUGAAUCUGUUCAGAGCAGAUCAUCAAAAUCUUAUUUGUUUUUUUUUACUUGCUCCACACUUCUACUUUGUUCUUUUGUUUCUUUUGUCGAACCCACUCCUAUUUUUUCCUGCUGUCAUUUUCUCUCUAUGCUAGGCUGGAUUUGCCCAAGCCGCAAUUGUUGGUUUGUUAUAUUGAAUAAUACUUAAGUGUUUAGAGACUGUGCUACAUUUAUUGUGAUUUUUCUGAAAUCGGAUUGAUUUUGGAUUUAAAAAAUGUCUGUUAUACAUUUACUUGUUAUACAAUUUGUUCUUAGCUGUGUUUUGUUUGAGAUCAAAAUGAAUAUUUGAUGUGAAAAUGAGAUGGGUUUAUUUUUUUAUAAUUGUUAGAUUUGGGUUCUUUCUAUAUAUGUUAAUAUAUAUAUAUAUAUAUUUAUUAUAUUUAUGUAUUAAAAAGUGAGACCACGCUUUUGUACUCACUAAAAGUUUGUUGUUGAAUAUGCAAUAAAUGGAACAAGCAAAACAAAGAGCCUUGUUGCAGUUUUGAAAAAGUCGUCACAACUGAAGUCUAUGGCAGAAUGCUUUAGUUUCCCAGGCAUAUGGAUGGCAGUCAUUGUCAUGUAAUUCUUUAGGAUUUCUAAGUAGAGAUAGUUUCAUGAAAGUACUGAUCUGCUAUGAUCAGACAGAAGCUUUGAUGAUUUGUAGAGAAGGUUCUUUUUUGUGGGUUGUUUUGAUUUUUUUUGAGGGGGUGUCCUUCGAAUAAGUGCUUGUUUAAAAAUCUGUUUCUACUUUUGAAUUUUUUCUCAAGAGCUCAUUAUGCUUUCAAGGUAAUCGAGUUCUUUAAUAUACCUACAGUUGCAUACUAGAUUUUAAAAUGCUGCCUAGAGAUUCCAUCCACGAGUCUUUCAUACAGUGCAGUAUAUGGCUCUGUUUUUUUGCGCUGUCAUAUCAUGGGUUACACAUCAGUUAUUUUUUAAGAGUAUAUCAUUUUCAAGAACCAGAUGUGCAUUGUCUCUACAUUAUAAAAGGGUUUAAAUGUGAUGAACAAAUUGAUAACAAUUGUCUCUGUGCAUGCCAUGUCUUAUGAACAUAUCCCAGCUUAGCUCAUUGAGAAAAUAACCACAGGAUUUGCCUUAAACUUGUUUGUCUUUGUGGGUUUAUUGUUAACAAAGUGAAUGUAGUGUUGGGAUGGGAAUGUCUGUUGCAAUUUUGUCCUUUCUGCGUGGGGAUCUUUAUCAUUUCCACUUUUUGGUUACGGCAAUUGGGAAAAAGUGGAGUUCAGAUAAUUGUUGCAAGACGUGUUACCUGCUUCUUAAAGCGUUGCUAAAAUAUAGUAACAGCAUAAAUUUGAGACUCGUUAUCAUAACUUUAAACGUUUGAUGAAUGUUAAGUUAAAGGCUAACUUAUGUAAAAUGAGUUUCAUUCUAGUGCUCUGCUUUAUCAACACAUGUAGCUUGCAUUUGUAUCUUCUGUGGUCAUAAGGGUAGGCAUAAACUGUUUUUUCUUAGCAUUUUGGUAAUAGAGGUUUCAGGUUAUUCUAUGAUCACAACAAAAAAAUCUGGGGUACACUUACAUUUUACAUUCUUUUAAAAACCUUUAUAAAAAAUAAUUCCCAAUUAUCUGAAGUCCAUAAUUUGUUCCCUUGCGCAUUUCUGAUUCUAUUCUCAAUUUCCUAUAAAUGCUGACUAGUCAAAUUUCAAAAUAAUUUGCUGUGUUGCAGUUGUCUAGUUUCAGCUUGUUUUUCUUGCCAUUUCAGUAAAAUUUACAUUCCAUGUGACAAUCUAAUUACGUAUGUAUCAUCUCGGAUUGGAGAUGCCACUUACAUUUUUGUUUCUACAUCUGUCAGUAUUUUCUAAAGCCAUAAUACUAGUCACCAGAUGAUUUCAGUAUUGCCUGACAAGUUGAGUGUUUUGUUUUAAAUGGUUCUAACCACUGUUCCUGUUGUACAAUAAGUUUUUAACAGGGUAAGUGAAGACCUUUCCAUAACCUACAUGCUUUUUCAGAUUUUCAGCAAAAUUGAAUUUCAGUUUCCUCUUGCAGUUGGCAACAUGUUUUCACAGUUCAACAGUUAAGCAACAUGCUUUUAUUUCAUUCACCUUUUUUCCCUUUCAGCUUUUUAUGGUGUCAUUUUUCAUGGUACUUUUUUCCUCUCAUUCAUAAUUUGAAGAUAGUGAGAGGAGGAAUAAAGAUGAUUAAGUGCAUUCAUAUUGUAACUGAUCAUCCUGAGGAUGAGAAAAUCGAGGUCAAGUUUUGAGCUCCAGAGCUUUUUUGAACAAUUGUUUAAGCUGAACUUCAUGGGCUGUAUCAAAACUUUGGUAUUGUACUAUUAUGUUGCUACAUAUACCCUUUCUGCCAUUUGACAAUAAAGAUUAUCUUGUUCAAUCAUAA